GACGUUCGUGGUGCUGAAAUUGCCCCCCCUCCCCCGUCGCGAUGUGGUCCGUGUUUUUCGUGUUUCUGUCUUAUCUGGACAGAAACUUUGUCAAAGGUGAAAUCUUUGAUGCAGAAAAAGAGAGCAAAGAACUGUUUUACAUGCUCAACAACACUCUCUGCGCAAAAAGUUCAGUUGCAGGAGAGUAUCAUCUCCAUCAGGUCACCGAUGGCAUUGAAGAGGUUCGCUCUGUGCACGACUCCAAAGGCGGUUUGGUCGACUGCUCUGUGAUUCUAAACGAAAUGCAAGUGAAAUCCUUCAUGCAUGUUUGUAGACUCGGUUUAAGAGAGCAGAAAAUGAACUCUGAUUUGAAGAUGACUUUGACUGGCGUCUCCGAAGCAAAGGCGAACUGCAAUAAGUUGAAACCAAAAGGCGACAGAAACGUGGUCGUGACAAGAAAACAACCAAAAGAGUCGAAUUCGGAUGCUGCAAACAAUAAGAAGACCCUCCGGAGAUCCAAGCGAGGCUUCACGUAUCCUGGGACACUUUGGUGCGGUGCAGGGAACAUUGCUGAUCAUUAUGAUCAAUUAGGUGAAUUUGCAGAGACCGACAAAUGUUGCCGCGAUCAUGACCACUGCCCAUACGUCAUCCAUGCAUUCUCCUCCAACUAUGGAUACACCAACAUUAAAUGGCACUCCAUUAGUCACUGCGACUGCGACAAUGAGUUAAAAGAAUGCCUGAGACUUGUAAAUGACACUUCAUCUCGAGUGGUUGGACAAGCCUUCUUUAAUGUGAUUGAAGUGCCUUGCUUUGAGUUCUCUUUUGAAGAACAGUGUGUUGAGCGUCACUGGUAUGGGGUGUGUAAGAGGUAUGACAGAGUUCCCAUUGCAGUGAUUAAAGAAUCAAUCUCCUAUGACUUUGGGGGAAUUGAUGUCAUUGAUGUAUUAACACUAGCUCCUCCUAAAGAGAAACAGUCGGACAAAGAAAAGCAAAACAAGACUCAGAACACAGAGAGCACAACGCAGUCAACAUUCUCUGAAUCUAAGUCCACCACACCUGAGGAGCCCUCGCUUACAAACGUGGUCACGGCUGCAGAGGACUUCAUCAAAGUGCUUGCCACCGUUUCCACUUCACAAAGCUCAUCCACAGAUGCGAGUAAAGGAGAGACACAGUCAUCAGAGAAAAAGAGUAAGAAAAAUCCUGGCAAAAAGAAAAAAGAGAACAAGAAGAGACGAGGAAAGGGUAAAGGAAGAAAGAGAAAUCAAAAACUUGAGAUAGUGUUAAAGGUUGACGAAGGACUGGCAGGUGAACCUUCUACCAGUCAAACAAAAGAGGUCAUGGGUAAGAACAAUUUUGUAGAGAACCCUAUGAAGAUCAGUCGGUUAAGCGCAAAGGAAGACAAUUUAAUGAACAGUGAGUUAGAUGCUGUGGGAAAUGGGCUACUUUCUAAUAAGAUGAUGCAAGAUGAACCUCAGAGGACAACGAAUGACAGUCAGGAGGUUGUAGCCACCACAAUAAAAGAGCCAGAGAUUCUACAGCACAGACAAUCAAACAAUACAAAGUUAGCAUCAAUUUCACCUAAAACUCCCAUUACCCCAACUAUACGUGAUAGAAACUCUAAGCUAAGACAAAGAGGUGGAAGGAAAAAGCAGAGAAAAUAUACCCCCUCCACAGAAGUUACCCAAUCAUUUUUGACCGGAGAUUCACAUUCAACAGUUACAGCAGUAGGCAUUAGCCUCGCAACGUCCACAACAGAGAGUCCCAUUAAUGCAGUAAGAAAGGAGAUGCCUUACAGUACAGAGUACAAGGAUGAAACGGGACCUGUAGUCACCACUACAGCUACACAUAAUACACCCAUUGUUAGAACCAAAAAGCCAAGUUUGAGGCAGAGAGAAGGAAGAAAAAGAAUGAGGAAAAUUAUUAGUUCCUCUACAGCAAAAAACAGUACAGAGGAUCCCCUAAUGGUCACUGGUUCUGAGAUAAUAGAGGUAACAGUUGGGGCAACCCAAGUGCUAGAGAGAUUGGGGUUAGACCGUCAUGAAAAUCCAACGGAAAGCUUUGCAACAGCAAGAUCAAGUGCACCAACUCCAAGGAAAAACAGACAACAAAGUUUGAAGGACACUAAGGGAAGAAGGAAAUCUAAAGUAGGACCCUCUAACUCUUCCAAAGACAGGCGUGUAAUCAGAAUCUGCUAUGAAACCAUUUUGACUGAUGUUACAGACACAACACCUCUCCCUACUCUGAUUGAGAAUGACACAGUGCUUCAGUCAAUACAUCCCGAGAUAAAUACGGCAACAGAGUUUCCCCUUGUACAGACUAACUCUCCAUCCAUGGUGACCCGCAGACCUAGAAAACCGAAGAGAGCCAGGGAGCGAGGAAACAGGGAAAAGAGAGGAAAACUUAAGAGAGAGUGAUAUUCACAGCCUGAUCUCAUGAAAAGUUUGUGACUGCUGCAACAUUUUUGUGAAAUCAAGUGGUUCCUUACACAUAUUGCGGCAGAUCUGAGGUAUGUCCACUGUGUGGCGCUUAAAGGGAGUUAAAUUUCCUACCAAAAUGAAGGGGUUUUUAAGGUUAGUGCUCUAUUGAGUUUUCUAUCAACAAAACCUGCCUCCCUGCCCUAAACCUUAAACCUAAACCUAACCCAUAGUAUCACAGCAUUGUGAAAAGUGUUUAUGAACCAAUAAUCUGCCGUUUUACUUGUGAUUUGUGUGAAAGGGCAUACAAGUCUUUGUUGAUGUUGCGCCACUAGUGUUCAUUUCACCAGGAAACUGCCACAAUACACACAACGAGCCACGCAAAAAUCUAUUUGCAAAAAUGUAGUUAUAGAAACGUAAUUAUUUAGCUUGCCACAUGAUGUGCAGCCCUUACAAAAAUUUGCCGCAAACUUGCCUCAAAUUCGCCAUAGAUAAUUUUCACAUGCAAAUGAGCUUUGCGGCAAAUUGUCCAUUGUUGCCAAAGGUUUGCCGGAGGUUCACCACUACCGGUGAAGAGCUGCAAACUUCUGGUGAACAUUUGCAGCUCAUCACAAGCUCAUUUGCAUGUGAAAAUAUCAAGCAGCAAAUUUGCGGCAAGUUUGUGGCUAGUUUAGAUUUUUUGUAAGGGGCAAAGUUGUUUUGAUAAGCAGCAUGUUUUACCUACUCUGUUUUUAUAGAUCCUAUGAUGAUAGAUUGACAAUCGGAUCAUUUUUUUAAGCAUAUGUAUCUCAACAUGAUUGCUGAAUAAAGUAAACACAA